CACAUUUACGUCAACGUCCGUUACGUUGGUGACGUCACCGCGAGCGCGAGAAGUCGAAGUGAAGAGCACAAAGCAGUGUUGAUGUUAGUGUUAGUUCUGGCCCGUUUGGACCCAAACCAAAGUGUAUCAGUAUGAAGCAGGCGGUGACGGCGCACUGAUUCACUCUCGGUUCACUAAUGACCGAAUCACCGAGGAACCGACCAAAGAUAACUCGCACCCGCACGGAGAACAACAACAAGACGAGAAGAAGUCUGACUGAUAAGAUGCGCACGACUUUUAACAUCAUGAAGGACCUUUCCACUCACACCAGACUGACCCCAGAACAGUGGGAGAACCGCCUCAACAGAUUCAUCAACAACAUGAGCAGGAAUGCCAGUGUUCAGACUACACUCAGCACAUGGGGUCUAAGCUUUGAGAACGAGCUGCUGAAUCUGACUGGAAGAGUUCUUCCUGCUGAGAGGAUCCUACAGGGAGCGAGAGCAUACGAGUACAACCCAUGUGACGUGGAUUGGUCUAAAGAGAUGCGAGGUCUUCCUCUGAUGACCAGCAUGCCUCUGGAGAUCUGGCUGCUGUCCCAUACGCGCCAUAACGCUGACGUCGCUCACUCACUGCUGCAGACCCUCAACAAAGUGCCCGUGGGCAUCCACCUUCAGAGGCCGGGAAUGAUGGAGUACGAUGAUCGACAGGAGGCUCUGCUGAGAGCUCUGCAGCAGAGAGCGGUGCAACAGGUUCAGAUGGUGGUUGUGAUCCUGUUAGCCAACCGUAAGGAUAAAUACGAUUGCGUGAAGAAGUACCUGUGUGCGGACUGUCCCACUCCAAGCCAGUGUGUGGUGGCUCGCACCCUCAGCAGACCUCAGACCCUCAUGACCAUAGCCACAAAGAUCUCCUUGCAGGUGAACUGCAAGAUGGAAGGAGAGCUGUGGAGCGUCGAGAUCCCGUUGAAGCACCUGAUGAUGUUGGUAUCGACUGCUACCACGACAGUGCCGCAGGAAAGAGAUCCAUCGGUGCACUGGUGGCCAGCCUCAACCCGGGCAUGUCCAGCUGCGCUGAAGGCCUACUUCAAAUACAACGAAUGUUUGCCGUCACGCAUCGUGGUGUAUCGAGACGGCGUGGGCGACGGCGUGCUGCUGAGCGUAGUCGACUACGAAGUGCCUCAGUUCACGCAGUCCAUCAAGGCCAUGGGUGAAGAUUACGCAUGAGACUCGACACAUCUCCAUAAAACAGAUUUGACUUUUUGGGUUUUCUCUCAGCCAUCAGUGUUUCUGUGUACAGGCCCAAACUGACUGUGUUGGUGGUGAAGAAACGCAUCUCUUCCAGAUUCUUCGCUCUCCUCAACGCCAGACUGAGCGACCCUCCUCCGGGAACGGUCAUCGACGCCAAAGUCACGUGACCCGAGUGCUGUGUUCAGGCAUAGUUCAUAGAUCUUUUUCUCUUUCUCUGGUGGUCUUUCUGAUCACAGCUUCAGGUUGCGUUCGGGGCGUUAUAAAGCUGAUGGCUUGAUUUGUCAGGUACGACUUCUUCAUCGUGAGUCACAAAGUGUGCUUCAGCAGUGUGGCCCCCGCUCACUACAACGUGGUGUAUGACAGCAGUGUCCUCAAACCAGACCACAAGCAGAGACUCACCUACAAACUCUGCCACAUGUAUUACAACUGGCAGGUGAAAGCCACACACACACACACGUGUUCAUACAAGCCCGCUUUCUACACAACCCCAGAUCAUGCUGAUUGAUGAUGUAAGGAUUGAGGAUGUGGUCAUUUUCUUUAAUCGCACGUCUAUCAUUAGAGAAUCCGCAUCGUGUGAUCAAAAACGGAGAACGCGCAUGAAUUUGUUAUAGAAUUUGUCCAAGAUUUUAUUGGGAAUGUUUCGUACAGUGUUGACGAUCUAAAUAGCUUAAUUUAGCUUAAAACCAUGUAAUUGCAGGGUUAAAGAUACGAGCUAUACGAGAUCAAGCCUGCGAUCGGAGCGUCCGUAUACUCGAUGUUUACAAAACCGCAAGAACGGAAGCGAAAUGCUAUCAAACAAGUCAGAGUUAAUGUAUUGUUCUGAUGGCUGAAGGAAAAUUUUACUUAACGGUUCUAUCUUAAGGGUGAGCUGAGGUUGUGUAUAAUUAGUUUAGUAGAGAGAGAGUGAGUGAUGUAGAAAAAGGAAAUAAAGAAUUAACAGGUGUUGUGAAUUGAGGAUGUGUAGAAAAAGUAUAUUUAAAGCAGAUGAAUGAAUGUAUUAGAAGCCGGGAAAGGUGAGGUUUCCUUCACGUGUUUCCUGGAGGAUGCAGUAGAGUUGUGUGUGUGAUUUCCUGUAUACAUGUAUACACACGGUUGUGUGUAGUUUUAGAAACAUCUGGGACUUGAAUUUUCAGUGUGCACAUGAUAGAUGUGCUAUAUAAUGUAAUUUAGAAACAGGUGGAUUUCACGAAUAUUUUACACUAAAUAUGAAACUUAUUCACUUCGACUGAACAUUAAAUGAAUCUCAGAACUGAGACAGUAUUAAACAGUCAGUAACAGAAGCCCCUGUGAGAAUCAGAACCUCAGGUUUAAUCAGUGUUGUGGAAUGUGAUAUGAUCAAAUCAACAAGUUAGUAUAUUUUACUUGUACUCAGCACUUUCCUUUAACUGGAGCUGAAACUUGUUGUUAAAGCGUUUUUGGCCUUUUGUCAACCCUACAGUUCUCUGUUCACGUUUUCCUACAAAAUGUCACCUCCUGUAAUAACACGAGCACUGCUUUUUAUUUAUUUAAAUAUUUUACAUAUACGGAUUAUAUACUUUAUGUACGUUUACAAAAGGCUGAUGUAGAUUUAAAACGCUCUGAAAGUUUUCACCAAAGGAACAGAAAUUAUCAUUAUUAAUUUUUUAAACCGGUUUAUGAUGCUCGUGAGUGUGGCUCUGUGACAUUUAACACCUUCAGCAAGACUUUAACGCGAACACGCUUUAAACCGGUAUUUCCCGUCGCAGCACGCGCACAGGUUUGUUUAAGAUUAGCACGCGCACACUUAUAAUAUCGUCACUACAGAGCCCAUGGAAAUGAAUGCUACUUUUAAAUGGUUUUACUCUUCACCUUAUAAAUCUGAAUUUCCUGCAGACGAUACUAAAGUGAAUGCAUUUCUUCAAGACCUUUGUAACCCUGUUAUUGAUUUGAAUACUGCCAUGCAACUGGACUCCCCACUCUCUUGAAGAAAUUUGAAUUCAGUUAAAACUAUGCAGUGUAACAAAGCUCCUGGCCCGGACGGGUUCCAAUUGAAUUGUUUAAAACAUCUAUUGGAAAAUUAGCUCCACUGCUUUUAUCUGUGUUCAACGAAUCCUUGGAAUGUGGGUCUUUGCCUCCAGCUCUGACACAAGCCACUACAGCUCUCCUUCUUAAGGAGGGUAAGGAUCCGUCCUCCUGCGUUUCUUAUAGGCCGCUGUCUCUGCUUAAUGCAGAUGUAAAGGUGUUGGUGAAUGUAAUGGCAUCUCGUUUAGAGAACGUUAUCCCUUAUAUCUGAAGAGCAAACUUCUUUUAUAAAGGGACAUCAGUUGUUUUUCAAUACCUGUACGCUCUUUAAAUUAUUCAAAGCAUUCGGCUGAGAUUGUGAUUUCUUUAGAUGCUGAAAAAGCAUUUGACAGGGUUGAGUGGGUUCAAUCCACAUCAGAGAGGAAUGAUUUCUAGGAUUUAUGAUUUUAUUCUGGCGUUAGGUAGUGAGGCAAGUACCAAAAUUAAGAAUGCGUGGGAAAUGGAGUUAGGAGUACAGAUAAAUGAGGGGUGUUGGGAACGUGCUAUUGGUAGGAUACAGUCUACCACUUCCUGUGCUCGUCUUGGACUCAUCCAGUUCAAAGUUUUACACAGAGUCCAUCUGUCUAAGUCGAGACUUUCUGUAAUAUAUCCAGAAGUAGAGGACAAGUGUGAUAAAUGCCAUGGCUCUCCCUGUCAUCUUGGCCAUAUGUUUUUCUUCUGCCCUGAUCUCCAUGGUUUUUGGACUGGUUUCUUUACCAUCAUGUCCACUAUUCUCAGAGUAGAUUUAAAACCUUGCCCAUUCAUUGCUACAUUUGGGAUUCCUGAUGCCUCAGUUCUAUUACGCUGUGUACAAAAAGAUAUU